CUCUGCCCCCCUCUCUCACACACUGUCACGCACACUCUACUUGUGUACCACCACCGCUUCUCGCACAUCUUCCCUAUAUAUAUAUACACUUUGGUGGACUACACUCUCCAGGAGCUUCAUCCAACAGCCCAAGUGUCCCUGCUACCCCCACUGGAUCAGCAAGCUAGCUACCCAGGCCAGUGCCAGAGCCACAGCGGAAGCUAGCUAGCUAGCAAGCAAUGGCUGCGGCGGCUCCUCCUGCUCGUCCUAGCAGCAGCUGCUGCCGCUGCAUCUCGCGGCGCGCCGCCGUCGUCGUGCCGGCACUGCUGCUGCUGGCGGCGAUGGCCGCCUCCUCCGGCGACGCGCAGCCUUCCCCGGGGUACUACCCGAGCUCCAGGUUCAGGCCGGUGCCGUUCAACCGAGCGUACACCAACAAGUGGGGCCCGCAGCACCAGACGCUCUCCGGCGACCAUUCCGCCCUCACCAUCUGGCUCGACAAGACCUGCGGGAGUGGUUUCAAGUCGAAGCACGCGUACAGGAACGGCUACUUCUCCACUCGCAUCAAGCUCCCCGCCGGAUACACCGCCGGCACCAACACCGCCUUCUAUCUCUCCAACAACGAGGCGCACCCUGGUUUCCACGACGAGAUCGACAUGGAGUUCCUGGGCACCAUCCCGGGGGAGCCCUACACGCUGCAGACGAACGUGUACGUGCGCGGCAGCGGCGACGGGCGCAUCGUGGGGCGGGAGAUGCGGUUCCACCUCUGGUUCGACCCCACGGCGGCCUACCACACCUACGCCAUCCUGUGGAACCCCGACGCCAUCACCUUCUUCGUGGACGACGUGCCCGUCCGCCGCUACGAGCGCCGCACCGAGCUCACCUUCCCGGACCGCCCCAUGUGGGUCUACGGCUCCAUCUGGGACGCCUCCGACUGGGCCACCGACGACGGCCGCCACCGCGCCGACUACCGCUACCAGCCCUUCGUCGCGCGCCUCGACCGCUUCGUCGUCGCCGGCUGCUCCGCCAGCGCCCCGCCCGCGUGCAGGCCCGUGCCGGCGUCCCCCGCGGGGGCCGGGCUCACGCCGCGGCAGUACGCGGCCAUGCGCUGGGCGCAGCAGGGCCACAUGGUCUACUACUACUGCAACGACUUCCGCAGGGACCACUCGCUCACGCCCGAGUGCUAGCGAGCGCGCCUGUCUGCUGUGUGCUGUGCUGUGUCGUCGUCCUUGUUGCUUUGUGCUUUGUUUCGUUGUUGAUGAAAAGGUCGCUAGGCGUGGCUGCCCUACUACCGCCCGCGCCCGCCGCCGCUCUCUCUGCUCGCGGUGAGCGAGGCGCCCGCGCGAGCCGGUGGUUGAGGCGUUGGUCGUUGGCGUAUCGCCAGCAAACUCGUGUCGUCGCUCGUCUACGUACGCGCGCGUACCCAUUGCAUUUCUUCCGGUUGUUGCUUUCCAUUUGGUCUCGCAUGCAUCACACGAGGCGCCCCAAAGGGGGCAAGCUUCCAUGAUUCAUACGGAUACACUAUGUAUACCAUAUAUACAUAUUAUAUAUAUAUUUAAUACAUGUUUCCUGUCGGUGAGGAUAUACAUGGUUGUUGUAAUGCAAUUUUUA